GAUUGAAUAACAGGUUUAAUCUGAUUUUUUAUAGAUUUAAGUUUUGUGAAUUUAUUUUGUUCAAAACAGUUUAUUAUAAUUUUACAAUAGAACAAUCAUCACAAGAAGUUAUGACAGUCUAAAAGACAAUAUACAGGAAUGAUGAACCCUUACAAAUUUUUAUGCCUGUUGAUGUUGAAUGGCAGGUAUCAAAGUGCAACGAAUUGAAUCUUCUUUUUAUAGAAGUUUCUUCCAAAGAAUUGCACUAUAAAUUCCUAAAAUCUCCGAAAAUAAAAAUUGAAACUAAGGGAGACGGAAGUUGUUUUUUUAAUGCACUAUCAUAUUGGAUAACAGGUUCAGAUGAGUUUGGUCAAGAAUUACGUAAAAAAAUCAUCGAUUUUCUGGCUGAUUCUAAGAAUUUUAAAUUAAUGACUUUGGAUUAUAAAUGGCAGAAACGUAUUGAUGAGAUGCACGACUCGAGAGUGUAUGCUGAAUCGUCUGAAAUAGCUGCGGCAGCUGAAUAUUUAAAAACAUCAAUAUACGUAUAUACAGAUGACAAUGGAUGGAAUUUUUUUAACAAAGAUGACGUUUUUGGAAAUGAUAAUGGUGAAAAAUGUAUAUACUUGAUUAAUAAAGUAGAACAUUUUAUGCCUGUAGUAGAUACUACAAAACAUUUGGCACCUAUUGAAGAGAAGUCUGAAAUAGCUGCGGCAGCAAAAUAUUUAAAAACACCAAUAUGCGUAUACGCAGAUGACGAUGGAUGGAAAUUAUUCAAUAAAAAUUUUGUUUUUGAAAAUGAAAAAUUUAUAUACUUGAUUUAUGAUAAAGAGCAGUACACGCCUGUAAUAAAUGUAAAUUGUUUAAGCAUAACAUCUGAUUGUACAUCUUAA